AGCACAGCUGAGAAGCUUACUCGAGAGGACAGUUUAGUGCGCUGACAAAACACGGGAGGAAAGUGGCAGAAGAGGAAUAUUAGCAUUUAUGUUUUUCUUGCAGGGAUGUGGUUGAACCCGCAGGGACAUUGAUAUCAUUACCAUCAGACACAUGGACACAGUUCAAACAAUGAACAACUAACGGAGAGGGUGAAAAUCAGAUAAGGCUGGCCAAUACAGUACCUUAUUUGAAUUUGCAGAAAAUGGAACAUGUAGCCUCAAGGCUGAGUUUAAAAGAGGGGACAGGGGAAGGAAUGAGGAAAAUACAAAUUAAAGAAAGGAAUGCAGAGGACAUAGGGGAGGAAAAGAAAGGUGGAGAUGACACUGUCUUUACUUCUGAGAAUUGUAGGUCUAACUGGAGAUUCCCUGCUUCUGAUGGAACGGUGACGGUGCACAAGGUCAAGCCAAAACUGUGUUCUGCCAAGGCUAUGUGUUUCUCCAGUCAGGAACCCGCACACAGUCUAACAGAACCGGAAGAGACAAAAAACACGCCGACCACACCCUGGCAGGCCGCAGAAUCAGAGCCAGGGUCAUGUGAGCAUCUGGAUCAGAACCAGGCGGCACAUGUUACGGGAGAAACGGCAGAGGACGAAAAGACAAAUAGAAAGGGGGAAGAGGAUAGGGUAGAGGAGAGACUUGAAGUAGAUGACAAGUUGGGGGAAGAUAACUGGGGAGGAGGGCCCAGGAGGAAAAUACUAAAUAUGAAUGACAAAGCUAAGGCGGAAUUGAAGGUGAGGAGGGCGAGAUUAGGAGGAGAAGGGGAGGUAACAGAUUGGGAGAGGCGCAAACGAUGGGCCAGGACAGGGAGAGGACGGGACGGUGCUGAACUGAAGGAGGAAAGUGAGACUGAGAUAGACCCAGGCCUGGAUGGGGCCAGGGCUUCGGGAGUGGAGCGGGGGCCAGAGUGCUUCUCAGAGGGAGAGACUGAGAAGAGGUGUUCCAUCAGUCACACCCUGCUCUCCCAUAUGCUUCUCCACUCCUCUGCCUCUUCCUCCUCUUCCUCUUCCUCCUUCACCUACUCCUCUCCUGAGAGUGACGAGGUCUUCAGUGAGAAUGAGGCGACCACGACGAGGAGGCAGAGGAUGAGGAAGUGUCGUUCCUGGAAAACAUUUACGACCAUGAUGCAAUGGUCAGUGCGUAGACACAGUUCCUGGGUACAGCUAGCAGGACACCAAGGUAAUUUCCAACCCAGCGAAGGAGGAGAAGUGCUGAAACGGUACAAUGCUGUGGAGAGUUCCUGUUUGCAAGCCCUCAUGAAUGACUCUCUGAGGCAGUUUGUCCCGUGCUACCGUGGGUUGACCACCAGAGGGAGUGAGAGCUACAUCCGAUUGGAAGAUUUACUGAGUGGUCUGUCCUGCCCUGUCAUAAUGGAUUGCAAAAUGGGUGUCAGAACCUACCUGGAAGAGGAGUUAGUUAGGGCACGCUCCAAUCCUUGCCUGCGGACCGAUAUGUACCAGAAGAUGGUGAAAAUAGACCCAGCAGCCCCUUCUGCAGAGGAGCACGCACAGGGCGGUGUGACAAAGCCACGCUACAUGCAGUGGAGGGACAGCGUGAGCUCUACUUCCACACUGGGCUUCAGGAUCGAAGGGAUUACUGCGGAGGACGGGAGAGUUCUUCGGGACUUCAAGAAGACUCGAACCUCUGCCCAGGUGACCAACGCCCUCCUUUCCUUCACCAAGAGGCAGUCACACAUCCUGGAAGCAUACCUGUCCAGACUACAGGCACUCAGCGGAGCUCUGAAAGAGUCUGAGUUUUUCAAAACCCAUGAGGUAAUUGGCAGCUCUCUUCUCUUUGUCCAUGACCGCACCAACAAGGCCAAUGUAUGGAUGAUUGAUUUUGGAAAGACAACCCCCACUCCUUCCAGUGUCCAUCUGAAGCACAACAUUCCCUGGGUGGAAGGCAACCGGGAAGAUGGGUAUAUCAUUGGGCUGUCGACCCUCACCUUGCUGGUGAAAGAAGCUCUUAGGCAAGCUGUUGGACAACAUCAUGAUGAGGGCAACAUUCCUGUUCAUGUUGACCAUCAGACUGGGACACAGCAUAGAUCACAGCCUUGUGAAAUCACUCACAACCAUAUUUAAAACUUACUGCUGGAACAGUUCACUCAAACUCUGUUGGAUUCAGUUGACAAAGGUUGCAGAGUCCAAACCUUGUUCAAAUGGGCCAAAGCUGAAACAGGACCUAAAUGAAGAGCGAACACUUGUGGAAGGCAGCAGAACUCCGUCCACUUUGAGUGAUGCAGGGCUAGCAGUAGCACCACAUUCAAACUCACAGUAGUCAAGGCCUGCUGACUGGGUGGAGUUAACCAUGACUGUCCCUGGACCAUCAACCAUGUUGAUCACAGAAUAACCACAAAAAAAACCACAUUUGACUUUGAUCACCUGAUGUUCAUGCACACUGCUCUAGCAAGCAAAUGACCAGGAAAAGGUUUUAGUUUUUGUAGAGUCUAGAUCCAAGACAAUAACAAUGUGAGUUUGUGUACUGGAAGAGAAGUUCUGCAUUUGGUAUUUUAUGGUGUGAAACUGGGCAUUUUAUAAUUUAAAGCGCUGAGCAGUAUUAUGAGAGCAUAUUAAAAAGAUGCUGCAGGGCGGCAAUGUAGUACAAUGAUGGUGAGGACAAAAACUUGACUUGCAUUCAAGGGCUCUUUGAUGAAGAUGUGUGUUUAACUGACUAACAAUAUUGCUUCAAUAGUGAGAAUAAAUUUGCAGAACUUUAAAAGUAAUUUUAUUUACAAUGCACCCUUCAUACAGUUGAAAAGAUUUAAUCAAGUUUUUAAAAAAGUGAUGAAUGGGACUUCAAUUCAUGCAGCACAUUUCUGACCAUCCAUAACAAU